AUGAACAUCAACUAUGUGUAUAAAUCUAUCCCAGCUUUACGAGAUCAUUUCUUCCUCAGUCAAGUAUCCCCUUGUCACAUGCUUACCCUAUGCCUCACGUAUCCAUCCACUGCUAAUCUUCGUCUCACAUGGUACUCACAUGAACCCAGGGAAACCACUACCGCUCCCGUGACUACGGUUCCAGCGUCUCCAACUCAAACUCCUACCACUAAUCCAACACUUCUAAGGGAUGGCUCUUACUAUUACUCCAACCCCAACGGGAGCACCUACCACAACAAUGGACAGGGUGGCUCAACCUACACGGCGCCCAGCGGUGACUCUUACUCAUCCGGCUCUGGAAAGAACAUGUCGCCUCUGGAAUGGGUUGCUUUGAUCAGGAACCAAGCAUGCUAA